GAAUAUUUCUCAUGUUGCGGGUAUAAAUAACAGGGCAACUUGAGACGUCUAAGCAUAACAUACUCAGCUCUUCACUCAAGAAGUCACAGCAAUCAUCGAAAACCAACCCAAAAUGUUCAAGCUGAUCGCCCUCAUCUCUGCCCUGUGCGCCGUGGCCAAUGCCGGUUUGAUUUCGCCCUAUAGCCAUGGCUAUGGAUUGGGAUACGGACACGCCCUGGCUCCGGCCUACGCCGCCCCUGCCGUGAUCUCGCACGCCCCCAUCAUCAAGAGCUACGCCGCCCCGAUUGUGGCCCAUCCGGUGGCCACUUCGUAUGCCAACACCUACAAGGUGGCCACCAAGUCCUACCCGGUGGUCCAUGCCGCUCCCCUGGUCCAUGCUGCUCCUCUGGUCCAUGCCGUUCCCGCUCUGCACUCCACCUCCACCUACCAUGGAUCCUACGGCGGCUACGGCAGCUACGGUCUGGGAUACUCCGGCUACGGACAUGGUGGCUACCUGCACUAAGGAUCUGAUGUCGUGUGCGAUAUCAUCCCAAGUUGACGACCCCCCCAAGUGAGAUAUUACAGCGGAUAAUUCGCAUUUUGCUGCCGUCAAAAUGUUGAAUUUGCAUUUCGUAGUCAGAGGCAGGUCGAAAUUCAAUCGGUUCAAUCCCCAAAUUGUGUACAAAAACCCUCCAGAACCCCAGAAAAAAAUCCACUUAGAGACAGAGACACUUAGAGAACUAAAGAUAACUAAACGGGAGGCGGCGAGAGCGAGAGAUUGAAGGAAGGAUCAAGAUUCGUUGAUUUUGUUAUAAAGGUGCAACUCAAUUCACUGUGGCUUCAGCACUUUCUGUAAAUAAACGAUAAAUGACUCUAAAAA